AUGCCACCGAAACGCAAAGGUGUCGACGCUGAGGCUUGCCCCUCAGAUACUUCUCAAAGCGACCUUGGCGAGGCGCUCUACACUUCAAAGGUUGCAAAGGAUGAAGACGAUGACUUGAGCCCUUCUGAUUCGAAAGACGAGGCGGAUUGCAAGCCCUCGCCGCCCAAAAGGAAGAAACUCUGCAAAUCGACCGAAAAUGGUGAAGGUAGCCGAGCAGGUUCAAGGCCCGCUGUUUGGAGCGAAGCUGACCGUGAGUCGAACCGCUACGAAGUAGGCGCAUCGCCUGACGAUGUCGCACACCUCCAUUCGCCUCUACGUUUACGCUUUCGCCCCUCUCAACCUCAGAAAUCACAGCUCUGUACCUGAUGCUCGGACUGGAUGGAGACCACACGUUGACCAAACGCAAACAGACAGUCAUCGCGAAUGCUCUUGGACGCUCAGACAAGGCGGUGGAGGUGGGUCGGCGCUCUUGCACGUCGGAUUGAAUGAAGCGGUGUACUCACCGAGACAUUCAAUUUUUGAAUGCUUGCUUUGCAGCACUGGUGGAGUAAGUGGAGCCUGACUACCUCUGGGCUCGGGCUUCGGCUCACAUUACGUACUUUCACUGCAACGAGCAGACACCAGGACGAAGAAGAAGGUCGCCGAGACUGUCGCACGCUUCGCAGGCAAGUGGAGCAAUUUCCACUGA